AUGACCACGAACACAUCUUCUCCCUACAAAUAUUCGUCCAUCGAUCGACUAUGGAAGGACGAUACUUCGACUACUGGUACUGGUGAUCAUCAGACACCCUUGUCGGCACUCAAGCCUCAACAGUCAAAUUUCAGUCGAAAGAACCUCAUGAUUGCCUCCAUUGCAGUGUUGGGAGCACUGACUCUACUGGCUGCCAUGGACACGCUCCACCAGACAACAACAACAUCCCCACCCAUUAUGGCCAUGAAACAUCAUUAUAAUCGACAAACCACCAGCCAAUCCACUACUGCGGUUGCCAUGCCAUCUGGUGUCAAUGUCGGUUCCUGGUUGUCCCUGGAAGAUUACUUUUUUGCCGGACAGGAUGGGGCCGUCGAAACGGCGACACCCGAUACAAUGUCCUCGGCCAUUUGUCUCCCACCCCUCUACACUGGCCGUCAGUCCAACGCCCCCAAGAGUUGGCACUCGGAAACGGACCUUUUGACGAGUUUGAUCGAUACGGUUGGAGUCGCCCGUGCCAUUAAAAUAUUUCAUGCCCAUCGAACGUCGUUUAUUGUCGAAAGCGAUAUUGCGCAAUUGGCCAGGUUGGGUGUCCAACACAUUCGAGUUCCACUGAGUUGGUGUUUUACCAAUGCCGAUCCGAGUCGCAUUGAUCUUACGAAUACCAGUCGAGCCUACCAACAGGAAUUAUUGGAUCAAUUCACAUGUCCAGAUCCAUUCUAUCAAGAUCAACAACAAGUCCGAUGGCCCGCCAUUCCCAAAUCCGUCUUGACGCAAUUUUUGAGACACUGUGGUACGUACGGCCUGACGGCAUCCUUGGAUCUACACACGUACCCGGGUGCCACCAGUCCGGGAACGUUUAGUGGCAUGUGGCCUCGUCCACCACGAUUUUGGUAUCACGAUCAACCCGAACACAUGGACACGGAUUUGGGACGACGACUCUUUCGAGAGUUUGUGGCAUGGGUCGAAGAUUUGGCUACCACUGAUCCACUGGCUUUUGAUGGUAUUUUGGCCAUUAGUCCCAUGAAUGAACCGGCCCAUUUGGCCGGAGUCUUUCGUCAUUCCGAACGGGAUUAUCUACCACCCUUGGCGCCGUCCAUGGCAGCCGAAUAUCGACACGACGUUUUGAAAGAUAGUGUACCGGAUGGACCUCAUUUGCGGGUCUUUCGAUGGAUCGAUGAUGCUAUUCAAGUCUUUCGAGAAUCGUCCUUGCCAAAGGCGGGAAAAGAACUUCAUGUCAAUGUCCACGAGUCGGCAUUGUCGGCCGAAGUACUGUCUGAUCCACAUGACGAUAAAGACAUGGGUGGUCGCCAUCCAUCCGCCACGAAUCUGAUUGCUGCCUGGUGGAGUCACGUCACAUCACACAAGGAACGCCAAUCCUGGGCCGUCCUCGAUAUGCAUCAUUAUCAUGCCUGGGAACCUGCUUGUAUGGGAACAUCAGACGGACCACCGCUGGGGAAUUAUACUUGUUCCAAUGUCGAUGCUAGAGUCGACGCGUUGGCCCGAUGCACUUCUUGGGCCGAUGUCUUUCGCGAAGCUGUGGAUACGCAUUGUGGCAAAGAUGCCAAGCUCAUGUCGGGGGAGUUCUCUACAUCGACACAUCACAAAGUCUUGCAUGCCUGCAAUGAUGUAGAUACCCUACGAGCAUCCUACGACGCGCAACUGGAGGCGUCCCAACGAGCCAAUGUCAAACUGUACUAUUGGUCCUACCGCAUGCCAUUUGGUGGUGCCUUUCGAUCGGCAUGGUCCUUUUCUCAUUUGAUGUAUCGGUUUGGAGUCAAUCCUCAUCCAGACGAAUCGCUGUUUCCCUGCGGAGAUCAAACCGCGCACCACCCCAACGAAGUUACGGAUGAUUUCUUUGCUGGCAUUAGUACACAGGAAUCAAGUUCUACUAGGUAG